UACACCGACGGAAAUCUCUGCGACUCAGAAUCCUGGCGUCGGGCUCAUCUCACCCUCGCCGCAAUCUGUCUGAAAAUGUAGCGGAUUUGCAGUAGAGAGCGCCCGCUUCUGGAUAUAUACCAUCCUGCUGCAGUAGACACGGACCGUAAGUGAUAGACCUGAUCAGUUUGCGUAACGCGACAAAAACCAUUUGACACUUAAGACGCCUGCUGCUAAGCUCCCUCAAGGCGAGACGAACGGCAUCAUGCCGGUUCAGGCGUUUCCCCUAGUCAAUGGCGUUCGUACAUUCAUCCUGCAUGGCGUGGGGUCGGGAGGGGACUAUCACAAUGUAAAAGGUGGGCAUUGGUUGAUUGAUUCCAAAAUCUCCACGCCCAUGUCGCAGUAUGAAGAGUACAGACAAUCUCGGACCAGUUGGGGAAUCAAUGUCCUUGGAUCAUUCUGCGUGCAAAUCGAAGCAUCAGAUGGCAGUAAAGGGUUCGCUACUGGUUUUGGUGGACCUCCUGCGUGUUGGCUCGUUGCUCAACAUUUUGAACGAUUCCUCAUAGGAGCCGAUCCAAGAGACACAAACCAUGUGUUUGAGCAGAUGUACCGGGCUUCCAUGUUCUAUGGCCGAAAAGGAUUGCCAGUUGCGGUCAUUUCAGUCAUUGACCUUGCGCUCUGGGACCUACUGGGGAAGAUACGGAACGAGCCCGUGUACAAGAUGAUAGGAGGCGCCACUCGAAGCAGGCUCGACUUCUAUUGCACAGGGCCAGAACCUGCCGCUGCAAAAUCCAUGGGAUUCAGUGGUGCUAAGGUCCCUCUGCCUUACGGCCCUGGAGAGGGAGCGGAAGGCAUGCGAAAGAAUGUCGAGUUUCUCCGGAAACAUCGCGAGAGUGUCGGAUUCGACUUUCCUCUCAUGGUCGACUGCUACAUGAGCCUGAACGUUCCUUAUACGAUCGAACUAGCCCGGGAAUGCGAAGACCUCAAGAUUAACUGGUUUGAGGAGUGUUUAAGUCCAGACGACACCGAGGGCUACGAGCUGAUCAAGCGAGCACAUCCCCGAACCAAAUUCACGACCGGAGAGCAUGAGUAUUCCCGCUAUGGAUUCCGAAAGCUCAUCGAGGGCCGAAAUCUGGACAUCCUUCAACCGGAUGUCAUGUGGGUUGGCGGAAUGACAGAGCUUCUGAAGAUCUCCGCUAUGGCAUCUGCGUAUGACAUCCCGAUUGUGCCGCAUGCCAGCGGUUCGUACAGCUACCACUUCGUUGUCUCACAAGCGAACUCCCCCUUUCAGGAGUAUCUUGCCAACUCACCGGAUGGCAAGUCGGUCUUACCUGUGUUCGGCAACUUGUUCCUGAACGAGCCAAUCCCAGUAAACGGCUAUCUUGAUGUUUCUGAGCUAAACAAGCCGGGCUUUGGUCUGGAGGUGAACCCAAGUGCUCCAUUGAUCGAUGCGAUCAAGAUUCUGAACCCUGCUCCUCUGCCAUCGCUGAGACCGGCCGAACCUGGUGCGAACCCCGAAACGGUCGAUGAAAGCGUAAGAGUGCUGGCGAUUAAUGGACACAUUCCUUAGGUUUCCGAAGGCACGGGUAUUUGAGGGUUGAAUAAAGUUCUUUGAAUGCGGCAAACUCACGGCGGUGUUUGAUAUUGGAUUCGUCUUCGCAUAAGAUAAUCGCAGGCAACCUAGUGCAUAUAUCGAACAUCAAUGAUAUUCACCCCUAGAAGCUCGAGCUCUGGGUACUUUCCUAAUCUCCUGAACAUCUGUCUCGUCAAUUUUCCUUUUCUUACCUCAUACCUGGUGGCGUCACGAUUUAGGCGAACCGUUCCUAUGCCUCCUGCACGCU